GGCCUUUUGUUCUCUGGUUCCUCCGAAGCUCUCUCUCUCUAGGUUCGUAAGGAGCUCGGAGCUCGCUAUCUGGUACUCUCUCUCUAGUAUUAGAAGGUGCUCGCCACCUGAGAUUCGCCAUGCCUCCAAAAUUUGAUCCGUCUCAGGUGGUGGAUGUCUAUGUUCGAGUCACAGGUGGUGAAGUUGGAGCUGCUUCUUCUCUGGCCCCAAAGAUCGGGCCGUUAGGGCUUUCUCCAAAGAAGAUCGGAGAAGACAUUGCAAAGGAAACAGCAAAGGACUGGAAGGGCCUUAGGGUUACAGUGAAGCUCACUGUUCAGAAUCGUCAGGCUAAGGUCUCAGUGGUGCCCAGUGCUGCUGCUUUGGUUAUAAAGGCUCUCAAGGAACCAGAGAGAGACAGGAAGAAGACCAAGAAUAUCAAACAUUCUGGGAAUGUUUCUUUGGAUGAUGUUAUUGAGAUUGCUAGGGUUAUGAAGCCUAGAUCCAUGGCCAAGGAUUUAACCGGGACUGUUAAGGAGAUUCUUGGUACUUGUGUUUCGGUUGGGUGCACGGUUGAUGGUAAGGAUCCAAAGGAUUUGCAGAAGGAGAUCUCAGAUGGUGAUGUUGAGGUUCCUCUUGAUUAAGGAGGGCAUGCGGCACUAAUGAUUUCACUUGAGUUCUUUAUCAUUACUCAGUGGGAAUGGCCUGGUGGAUUUGAGCUUGGUUUCAGCUUUACAACCACCUGGUAUUUUGAUAGAAAUGACUUUGAUAAGUCUCAUUUUGUUUUUUGUUUUUUGUUUUUUGUUUUUUUUCUAGAAUAGAUAUGGUCCAGUAUUAACUUCCUGUGAUCCAAUGCUUGAUCCAUUUUUGGUAUAUGUUAGUGACUUGAUUGUUGUGAGGAUUCCUCGCAAUGGGAUUUUUGAAAACCCUGAUGGGAUCAGGAAAAACGUGUUAUUUAUAAUCACAGUUACUGUAGAGAUGCAUGAUUUUAGCUAAUGACUCCACUUUUUUGUGGCUGAAAUUUUCUGUCAA